AUGCCAGUGAAAGGAAUCAGGACUGUGACCGCCGCCAGGAAUGGCGUCGGUGCCUUCAUCCUCCAAUGCAAGCGCCUUGAUUUCCACUACUGCAACUUUGGCGGCAGCUCGCGCGGCAUGCUCGCCUUCCUGACCCAGACCCUUCCGAAGUUCGCGAAAGAGAACCCGCAAAUCGAGAUUCGCGUUUCCCCACGACACCAGAAGCAUCCCAUGAUCAAGGGCCAAUACAUCAAUGGCAAUGAGAAAUCCAUUUGUGUGCGCAACCUUGAGCCUGAAGACAUUUUGAAGAAGGCUAUGAUCCUCAAGGAUGCCAGCGGAGACAAGCUGAAGCGCACCAAGAAGCCUAUUACCAGUUUGAACGAGAGUGUGCGUGGUAUUUGGUCGCCAUACCAUGGAGAUCUGCGUGGCGUUUAA